AUGGCGUCGCUCAGCUCUAGCUUGGACCUGGCAACAUACCACCCUCAGAAGCAGUCGCCUCUCUUCGGUGUGUUCCCAGGAGAGAUCCGUAACAAAAUCUUCGCCUUUGCCCUCUUGCAAUACGAGGAUGACGCAGCCGCCUACCCUGAGGACUCGUACUGGUAUCGUCCGGGCUUCAAGGGACCCAAAAGAGGCAACAGCUCCCUCCUCCGAACGUGCAAGCUGGCAUAUGCGGAGGGACAGAAAGUCUUCCUGGAAGAAAUCGAAUGGGCCUUUUGGUUUGACCGUGGACCUCGAGGUCGCUCGGGCUCGAAUGACUGUCUCCGGUUCUUCAGAGACCUCAGCGACUCCCAAGUUCGCGACCUUGAGCAGGUGCGGUUCUUCACGCAGAUGUAUUGGUUGGAAGGCGGCCACAACAUCAACAACAUCUUCAACAACAACAAUUUCAGACCGUCGAGGCUGACGAUCACCAUUCGCUACUCGGACUGGUGGUUCUGGGAGCACAAUGAGCCACUCAGAAUGCGAGAGGACUGGCUGAUCAACUUCAACGGCUCGCACGGCCUGCGGGAACUGAGGGUCGAGUACGAGACUUUGGCGUGGAAGAAAGCCCAGAUGGACGCGAUCGUGGCGCGCAACAAGGAGCGGGUCUUGAAAGUCCGUGAUGGCGGCUACUUGAGUGCGGAGGAUACUAGGCUGGAAGAGUGGCGCUGGACUGGGCCGAGUAAGCUCGGCGGGCAGACGUGGGAACAUCACGGGGAAGGAGAUGUUGUCGAAUAUGUCGUUGUCACCGACACCUGGAAAUAUCACGAAGGACCGAUUCCCGAGGACGUCUUGCAGAGGCAGGCUGCAUUGCAGCAGCAGAGAUUGAACAGCAUCCUUGCUGAGGGCGACUGGACUGAUGAAGGUGAGGAAGACGAUGAAGAUGAAGACGAAGAAGAAGAUGAAGAGGAAGAAGAAGAAGGAGAAGAGUUCAGCGAUGAUGAGGACUCGCAAGUCUAA